GACCAAUGGGAUUUGAUCACAUGUCAUGCACAUCACAUGUCAUUUUCAGCUUGAAAAUUGUGAAUUAAUUCGGGAAAAUCGCCCCAGAAGUCGAGUCUAGUGCUCCCAAAAAUAGCCCCAGUGUUCCGGGAGUGGAGCCCAGUGUUUGUUCUAUCGCGUGUGUGCUUCCUUGUGCCCCCGAGUGAUGUAAUUAUUUACGAAAAAGGGUGUGAAGAGUGAUACUUACAAGGUGAGAUUGAUCCGGGAAGCACCGGAGAUGAGAGAUUUGUGUGAUGCAAUUUGAAAUAAUUCCAGUGCAAUGUCGUGGGUGCGAGAGACAAAACUGCCAUGGUGGCAGAGGCUGGCCAUGCGUGUGGUAAAAGUGGGUAAAGUCCCGGAACACAUUGCCUUCAUUAUGGAUGGCAACAGGAGAUUUGCCAGGAAGAUCCAUGUAGAGAAGGCGGAAGGACAUUCUCGGGGAUUUGAGAAGCUCUCCGAAGUGCUACAGUGGUGCCUAGACUUGGGUGUCAAGGAGGUCACAGUGUACGCAUUCAGCAUUGAGAAUUUCAAGAGAAGCGAAGACGAGGUCGACGCCCUUAUGAAGCUGGCCAGUGAGAAAUUCGACAAAAUCAUGGAGGAAGAGGAGAAACUGAAUGAGAAUGGGGUCUGCAUCCGAAUUAUCGGGAACAUGGGGAUGCUGCCUGAAUAUUUGCAGCGUAAAAUUGCCAGGGCAAUGUAUAUUACGCGAUUGAAUAGCAAGGCAAUCCUCAAUGUGGCAUUUGCAUACACAAGCCGGGAUGAGAUUACGCACUCGGUCAGGACAAUCACCGAGGGUGUCUCGGACAGUAUUCUCGAUCAGGAGAUUAUCACAGAUGACCUCGUUAAUAGAUGCCUACACACAAAAUAUUGCUCAGAUCCGGAUCUACUCAUUCGCACUUCCGGUGAAACGAGGCUCAGUGACUUCCUCCUCUGGCAGGUGUCAUCAACAAUCCUUUACUUCACAAAGACUUUAUGGCCCGAAAUCACCAUUUGGCACGUUUUGGGUGCAAUUUUCCAAUAUCAGCGGCAUUACUAUCAAAUGCAAACACCCCAGAAGCUCCUCCGGAUGCCCAUGGAGGCAGAUUUGGCUACUACUACUGCCGCCAAGUCCACCCAUCACGAGCAAAUUGAGCAUUUCGUAAGCGAUGUCGAUAGCCGACAUUGGAAACACAUGCAGGAGCUCAUAGGUCAAACCAAUGCAUCGCGUGUCCGUGAUGAUAACUCCACAGAAUUGAAUCAUAAUUUAUAGUAUAGGAACAAGAAAAAACAUAAAGUUUAAAAAAUUGUACAUAAUAGAUAAGAGUAAAACGUCUUGUCAGUCAUAAUUAUAUAGCUUGAUAAUUUUUUUUUCGGGGAGAGAUUUAUCAAUAAAAUAGGGAGCAAGAGAAGAAGAAAACAUUCCACAAACUCAAACUGCAUAAGAUUUUAUUGAAGAGCGGAAAAAAGUGAACAGAAGACAUCCUAGGGGACGAUAUAGAACAAAUCAGCUUCUCCGGGAACUAUGAUAUUUUGUGUAUACAUAAUCCUUAAAGAAAAAAUGAAAAAAGAGAUUCUCUUGGAAAUAAAGAGAGAAAUGUGUCAA